UGCACUUUGUAGGGGCCACGCCAUCAUCGAUCUAAUAAGUCCAAGUUAAGACGAUGAACGGCGAACUCUUCUUACACGCGCCCACCACCACCACCACUAACUUUUUGCUUCCAAAAAAAUCCCAAACGGCGUCGUCGGAGACACUGGACCCAUCACAGAAGCUACGACGCUACGAAACGGCGCUGGAAGGAAUCGCCGCGGUCGUGGGAGAACACGUCCUCUUCGGAACCACGUUGUCGCAUGUUUCUGAGACUCCGAAGAAGACAAAUGGCGUGUCGUCGUCGUUGAGCAAGAGCUACAGAGGAGUAAGGAAGCGACCGUGGGGGAGGUGGUCAGCGGAGAUACGCGACCGCAUCGGGCGGUGCCGCCACUGGCUGGGGACUUUCGACACGGCGGAGGAGGCGGCGCGUGCGUACGACGCGGCGGCGAGGCGCAUGAGAGGCGCGAAGGCGAGGACCAACUUCAAGAUACCCUCGGUGUUGCCACUUUCUCCGGAAGGGGUUCAUGGUAGUGCCGUGAAGCCGAAAACCGCGCGAAGCAACGCUAGGAAGUGUUCUUCCGUGGAACAAUUGUUCAGUGGGGUGCCUCAACUUCGAAAAGAUGAUGGUAUCGGCGAGAAUGGGAAUGUGGAGGUCGAUUUGAAGCUGGGUGUGAACUUUGGUGUUACGAGCUCUAGAAUGGUGCUUUAGGUUAAAAUAGUGAAAGUAGUAUAUUGUAGUGUACAAAUGUUAUGUCUCAUUUUGCUAUUAUGCUAGUGCCCCUUCCUUUGGUUUCUUUUAGUUUGUGGGGUUUAGUGAUUAAUUUGGGUGUGCAAUCAAUGUUCUCACUAAACCUGGAAAAUUAUAUAUGUACUUGAAUGAGUCAAGAGCUUUGUUUUUUGAGGUAUAUGAAUGAAUGUUGCAUACAAUCA